UACCUCGACAGUCGGUGUUACACCGCGAGAGAAUCAUCACGUCAUAUUAUAGCUUGUGUUUAAUUUUUGUUGCGGUAAAGAAGCUGUUUUGUGCUGGUGUAUUUGGAGUAUUUAGUACUAAAUUGGUAUAACAGAAGAUUGUAUUUUUUCUGUAGAGUAAAGCUUAACAAUGGUGGAAGUCAAGGUGCAACAAGGAUGGUUGUCAGGAGAAAGGUUGGAGACGGUCACGGGAGAUGGAAAGUAUUACAGUUUCAAAGGCAUCCCUUAUGCUCAACCACCGUUGGGCAAACUGAGAUUUAAGGCCCCGCAACCACCUCUGCCUUGGGAAGGAAUAAGAGAUGCCACAGCACAUGGUCCUAAAUGCCCACAGAAGGAUAUAUUCACAGAUACAUUUUUAGCAGGAAAUGAAGAUUGUUUGUACCUGAAUGUGUACAGCCCAGAUAUUAUGCCAAAUACGCCAUUGCCAGUCAUGGUGUUCAUCCACGGAGGAGGUUACAAAAGUGGGUCUGGUAAUGAUGAUCAUUAUGGCCCAGACUUCCUUAUGCCCCACGGUGUGGUACUUGUAACCUUAAACUACAGAUUAGAUGCACUAGGUUUCCUGUGCUUAGACACUGAAGAAGUACCUGGGAACGCAGGAUUGAAAGAUCAGGUUGCUGCACUACGCUGGGUGAGAGAUAACAUUGCCAGUUUCGGCGGAGAUCCUAAAAACGUCACCGUGUUUGGUGAAAGUGCUGGUGGAGCGUCUACAUGUCUGCAUAUCCUCUCUCCUAUGUCUAAAGGUCUCUUUCAGAGAGCUAUACCAAUGAGCGGUUCCCCUCUAUGCGAUUGGUCUUUGGCUUUUAUGCCACAGAAACGUGCAUUCGCACUUGGCAAAAUCUUAGGCUUCGAUACAAAUGACCCUGAUAAGCUCCUAGAAUUCCUGCAAAGUUUGCCUGUGGAAAAACUUAUAGACACAAGCCCUACUGUAAUGUCUUUUGAAGAGUACAGCAACAACAUAUUAAAGCUGUAUCAUUUUACACCGGUUGUAGAAAAAGACUUUGGACAAGAACAUUUCCUGACAGAGGAACCACUAGAAGCUAUGAAAAACAAAAGAAUUAACGACGUAGAUGUACUUAUUGGACACACAAGUGAAGAGACCACGAUUGGUAUCGCUAAGUUUGAACAAUUUUUCCUGCAACAAUACAAUCGGUACCCAGAGCUGGUAGUUCCAAGGAAGAUCCUAAUGAAAUGCAACCCGGAGACUGUUUUAGAAAUAUCGAAGAGGAUACACGAUUAUUAUUUUAAAGGGAAGCCUAUAAAUAAAGACUGUAUGAGAGAGUUUGUAUCUUACGCGAAUUAUGCUUGCUUCAUCUACGAUAUUUAUAGAUUCCUUAGUCAUUUACCAAAGGUUGGUGCUGGACGGAGACACAUGUAUAAAUUUUCUUGUGUGUCUGGUAGAAAUGUGUACGGGAGUCAGGGUCUGAAGUAUGGAAUCAAAGGAGCUGCCCAUUUGGAUGACCUGAUGUAUUUAUUGAAUGCCAACGUACACAAUGUGGAAGUGAAACAAAAUACUAAGGAAUAUGAAUUAAUUCAACUGGCGUGCACGGUAUUUACAAACUUCGCUAAACACGGAAAUCCAACUCCGGACUCGUCUCUUGGUAUAAUCUGGCCUGAAUAUGACAACUCUAGCAAAACCUAUGUGGCAAUAGAAGAUACUCUAAUACCGAGAACAGUAGAAAAUGAAGACCUGGACUUCUGGAAGAGUAACUUCGAAUACUCUGGCUUGGAGUUUUAACAUGACUCUAUUCUAAAUGCCAAUAAUGUAAUGUAAUUUGUUUAUAGUAUACCUAAGGUUUUCAAUCGACAGUAAACAACAAUUAUGAAAAAGUAAUUCUAUAAGAGGUGUCUAACGAGACAGAUUUAUUUUUGUAUUCUUUCGAUUCAUUUAUUUUUAAAUGCAUUUUAUGUUAAUGUUGAAAUACACAAUGCCAGUAUAUUUUAAAAUGUGACAGUAAGUUUAAUAAAUGUAUAUGAAAAACGCUCACUGCUG